AUGCCAGAUGAUGGAUAUGGUCCUCGACCGCCUCAAGAUGAAGACCUUCGAAAUGCCAUCGAACGUCUGGCUGUUUUUGUGGCGAAGAAUGGGCCAGACUUUGAAAAGAUGACAAUGGAGAAACAGGAAGGGAACCCGAAGUUUGCCUUCCUCUAUGGCGGCCCAUACAAUGAGUACUACCGUUUCUGCGUUGAACGUGAAGUUCAAAAAAUACAUGGGCCACCACAUCAUGGGAAUGGAUGUGUAGGACCGCCCCAGCCUGAGUCCGAAUUCAUGAGAAGGAUGAAUUCCCAGAAAGAGCAGUUAAGGCAACAAAUCACUGACAGCGAGCGGAACUUGAAAGCUCAUCUUGAUUCCAUCCCUGCUAUGAAAGAGGCGCAAGUGGCACAAGCCGUAGUUAUGUCGGAAUCUCAGAAAAUGUCGCAAAUUUUGGCUAAUGUGAAUUUUGAUGUGGCACCUCUAGGUGCAAUAUUGGAUCAGCUCAAUGGAGGAAAGUGCUCUAAGGAUCUUGUUUCGACCAGCCGAAAGUGGAUAUUCGAGCACUGUCAGACAGAUCAGCUCAGAGAAGUUGUUCUCACCUAUCUCCUAAGCAGGGUCAAAGAUUCUCAUGCUAAUGACAAUUUUCGAUUGAACAUACUCUAUGUUAUCAAUGACUGGGCAUACCAAUGUCAGCGAAAACGUUUGGAUUCCCAAACGCAGAUGUUGUCGCGUUACGUUCCGCAAAUGUACGCCUUUACUGUGGAGCUCUCUCAGGAUGGUAUGAUGCAGCAGAAACUAGACAAACUGAUCGGUGUUUGGGAAGGUCACAAAUAUUUCAACGAUCAGUGUUUCAAGCAACUGCGAAAUCCUGGCCAGAUUUAUAAUUCUGCGAAGGCGGUUCAAGCUGCAGAAUACGCGAAGUUGGCGGCUGAUAUAGAAGUAAACCUUCAAGCGAUGUAUGCUGGUUAUGAGCAGCAACACAAAAACUAUGUACAGCAUAUAAUGCAGCAGAUGGCUCAGAUUGACAUGCAAAUCGAAACCGAGAAAGAUCGUGCUCGAGGGGCGAUACCUUCGCUUCUGAGUGGUAUGACGUGCGAGCCUUCCCCUAUGUCUGGUCCUGGACCUGGGAUGGGGCCGGGACCAGGAAUGGGACCAGGGCCUGGAGGUCGUCGUUCACGAUUUGAUCAACAACCAAGUGCAAUGCAGAGCAAAUCGCAGGAGUCUUAUGGCCAGUUUUUUGCUCCGCCGCCUAGAUCUGCACCUAAACAGGGCUGGAUGGAAGAAGGAUGGAAGAAGACCCCACAUGCAGCGUAUUAUGCAGAGGAUUCAGUAUCCUCGAAUUCGUCCCGUCUCCACAACGAACCAGCUUCAUCGUCACAGCCCACUAACAGCGUUGUUACAGAAGGAGUGCCUGACGGUGAUGACAUCGAUGGACAUCCAUUCAAUGAAGAAGAUCUUAUUCCAAGUGCGAAGUAUUUCGAGCUUCCUGCUGGCAUCAUGCUUCCUGUGAUAGAGAUAGAGCAGUUCUCGUACACGGCUUUGGUUCCUGACAAGCUAAGAAUGCCACCGCCUGUACCACCGUCCCAGAGGCUUCUCAAUGCACUCGACGAAUUUUAUAGCGCAUCUUUGGACCCGACAAGAGAGCCACCGCUGGCGGCGUGGGGACGUGGAGGCUGUUCUGAGUUCAUGGAAAGGAAACAAAGACUGAAAAAUAUACUGGAGGAAAAACUCAAGAGCGAAAAUAAGACCAUAGAUGACUUGGUCGAAAACAAGCCCUCCGAAGAAGAAAUGAAAAUCCAACAAGAAGACAUAAAUGCGGAAAUCAAGAUGAAGUAUGAGGAAAUGAGGAGGAAUGCUGCUAGCCAGGAGAAUGAAAAACAAAAGCCGGCUUCUCCUUCUGUCCCUUCUAAGCGGAAAGAUCGCGGUCGUGCCCGGUAUGAACCUGAGGAAAUCAUGCUCUGGAGGUGUACACCUCGAGCUCCACUAACGGUACACCAAACCGAAACAGUGAAUUAG